ACGGAGCUGGCAGGAGCUGUAGCCAGGUCGGAACCUGCAGGUCUCCUGGGCGAGGCAGGCGGGGACGGCGGUGGCGGCCUCCCUCCCGGGCUGCUGUCGAACCUACUAGCUGCAGAUGGGAGCCCAGAACACCGAAGAUGUGGGCGGGCCUAGGCGAGACGCCGGCGCGGGAGCUCUUCCGGGACGCCGCCUUCCCGGCCUCGGACUCGUCGCUGUUUUUCAACUUGUCCACGCCGCUGGCCCGGUUUCGGGAGGACAUCACGUGGAGGCGGCCGCAGGAAAUUUGUACCACACCCCAGCUAUUUCCAGAUAACCCAUGGGAAGGACAGGUGAAGCAAGGGCUGCUGGGGGAUUGCUGGUUCCUGUGUGCCUGCGCUGCCCUACAGAAGUGUCGGCACCUCCUGGACCAGGUCUUCCCUCCAGGACAGCCAAGCUGGUCUGACCAGGCCUACCAUGGCCUCUUCACCUGUCGAAUUUGGCAGUUUGGACGCUGGGAGGAGGUGACCAUAGAUGACCGCCUACCUUGUCUUGCAGGGAGACUCUGCUUCUCCCGGUGCCAGAGAGAGAAUGUGUUCUGGCUCCCCUUACUGGAAAAGGCCUAUGCCAAGGUCCAUGGAUCCUAUGAACACCUGUGGGCAGGGCAGGUGGCAGAUGCUCUGGUGGACCUAACUGGUGGCCUGGCAGAAAGGUGGAACCUGAAGGACUUAGCAGAAACCAGAGGCCAGCAAGACAAAGCCCAUAGCUGGGAGCACAGGACUUGUCGGCAGCUGCUUCGCCUGAAGGACCGGUGUCUGAUCAGCUGCUCUGUGCUCAACCCCAGAGCAGGUGCCAGGCUGCUGGGGGAGUUCCAUGCCUUCAUCAUCUCUGAUCUCUGGGAGCUCCAGAGUCAGGCUGGCCAGGGCAUCCUGCUGCUGCGGAUUCAGAACCCCUGGGGCCGGUGCUGCUGGCAGGGACUCUGGAGAGAGGGGGGUGAAGGGUGGAAGCAGGUGGAGCCGGCCGAGCAGUCUGAGCUCCUGUCCCAGCUCCAGGAAGGAGAGUUCUGGGUGGAGGAGGAGGAGUUCCUCAGGGAGUUUGACGAGGUCACCAUUGGCUACCCAGUCACACAGGCUGGCCACCUACAAAGCCUCUACACAGAGAAGGUGUUGUGCCAUGAGCGGGCCCUGCCUGGAGCCUGGGUUGUGGGGCAGUCAGCUGGAGGCUGCCGGAACAACAGCUGCUUUCCCUGCAACCCUAAGUUCUGGCUGCGGCUCUCAGAACCCAGUGAGGUGUACAUGGCUGUCCUGCAGAGACCCCGGAGGCGUGCAGUCGGCCAGGCCCGGGCACUGGUGGGCCACAGUCCAGCCCCAGUGAACCUUCUGGGCAAGGACUACCAGGCUGUGGGCCUUCACAUCUGGAAGGUGGAGAAGCGGCGGGUCAGCCUGCCCAGGGUCCUAUCUGCACCCCCUGUGGCUGGCACCACAUGUCACGCAUAUGACCGUGAGGUCCACCUGCACUGUGAGCUCUCCCCAGGCUACUACCUGGCUGUCCCCAGCACCUUCCUGAAGGACGUACCGGGGCAGUUCCUGCUGCGUGUCUUCUCCACCGGGAAGGUCUCCCUCAGUGCUGUCAGGCCAGCAGCCAAGGGCGCCUCCCCUGGGACAGCUCUGCCUGCUGGUGAGUGGGAGACCGUGCAGCUUCAGGGCCGCUGGAGAGCUGGCCAGACGGCAGGGGGCAGCAGGAACUUUACCUCCUACCCCUGCAACCCGUGCCUUCCCUUCUCCGUCCCUGAGGGUGCCAGUCCCCGCUGCGUCCGCAUCUCCCUGCGCCAACACUGCCGGCUCAGUGACAGCCAGCUCUACCCCAUCGGUUUCCACGUCUUCCAGGUUCCAGCAGGUGAUGAGAGCCAGGGCACACGCCCCCUACUACUCCAGGAGCCACUGCUGAGCUGUGUGCCACAUCGCUACGCCCAGGAAGUGAGCCGACUCUGCUUCCUGUCUGCAGGAACCUACAAGAUCGUACCCUCCACAUACCUGCCGGACACAGAGGGGGCCUUCACAGUGACUAUAGCAACAAGAAUAGAUAGGCGGUCCAUUCACAGCCAGGAGAUGCUGGGCCAGGUCCUCCAGGAGGUCUCCUUCGUAGCAGUGAUGAAAACCUAACUGGACAUCCCCAUGUGCCAGCUGAGGUGGCUGGGGGCCCAGCAGAGCUGUCACUCCCAGCAGCUGGGACAUCUGUGCAGUACCUGCUGGAUCAGCACUGUGGCAGCUGGCUCUGAGCCUGGGUCACCUCAGCUCUGCAGGGUGACUGUGUGCUGGGGGCCCAGAGUGGGGUGCCCUGCCCUGAAGAGAUGCCAGUCUUGGGGUCCAAUAGGUGCUGCAGGAGGACAGGAACUCCAAGUGGCAACUUUGUUCCACACCCAAGAUCAUGAGAUUCCAGGGUCCCAGGGCCUGGUGCUUGAGAGGCUCCUAGAAUCCCACAUCAUCUUCCAUUGACUCCAGACAGGCCUCAUACCAGGCAGGAAUAUAUUGUGAUAAAUGUUGAAAACUGUUUAUUACUUGAAAUAUUUUUAUGAUGUGACUUUAUAAAUAAAC